AUGAGCUCCAAACCAAAGCCCAUCGGGAUUAUCGGGGCGCCGUUCUCCAAAGGACAGCCUCGAGGAGGGGUAGAGAAAGGCCCUGCAGCACUGAGGAAUGCUGGUCUGGUGGAGAAACUUAAAGAGACAGUGUAUGAUGUGAAGGACUAUGGGGACCUGGCCUUUGCUGAUGUCCCUAAUGACAGCCCCUUUCAAAUUGUGAAGAACCCACGAUCUGUGGGCAAAGCCAAUGAGCAGCUGGCUGGUGUGGUGGCAGAGGCCCAGAAGAAUGGAAGAGUCAGUGUGGUGCUGGGUGGAGACCACAGUAUGGCAGUUGGAAGCAUCUCUGGCCAUGCCAGGGUCCACCCUGACCUAUGUGUCAUUUGGGUGGAUGCUCACACUGAUAUCAACACUCCGCUGACAACAGGCACUGGGAAUUUGCAUGGGCAACCUGUGUCCUUUCUCCUGAAGGAACUAAAAGGAACGUUCCCUGACAUACCAGGAUUCUCCUGGGUGACUCCCUGCAUAUCUGCCAAGGAUAUCGUGUACAUUGGCUUGCGAGAUGUAGACCCUGGGGAACAUUACAUUAUAAAAACUCUGGGAAUUAAGUAUUUCUCAAUGACUGAAGUGGAUAAACUAGGAAUUGGCAAGGUGAUGGAAGAGACGUUCAGCUAUCUACUAGGAAGAAAGAAAAGGCCCAUCCACCUGAGUUUUGAUGUUGAUGGACUGGACCCAGCGUUCACUCCGGCUACUGGUACACCAGUUGUGGGAGGCCUAUCCUAUAGAGAAGGUCUCUACAUCACAGAAGAAGUUCACAGGACAGGGCUACUCUCAGGACUAGAUAUCAUGGAAGUAAACCCAGCUCUGGGGAAGACACCAGAAGAGGUGACAAGUACAGUGAACACGGCAGUAGCAUUGACCUUGUCUUGCUUUGGGACUGCUCGGGAGGGAAAUCAUAAGCCAGGGGUUGACUACCUUAACCCACCUAAGUAA